AUUCUAUACAUUCUGGAUGUAUCGCAUACAUAAGCACUUUACCCGCUUGAGUUUGCGCACCACACCGCGUUCCCGCGUUAACGUGCAACAUCGCGGCCUAGUCGUCAUACGCGGCGAUAUGGAAAUCGAAACUACACCAGACCCUGCAUCGCUGUGGGCCAGUGAUGACCCGGCGGUUUGGCGGAGCGUGCUGGCUCGCUACCCCGAGUGCGUGGAGACAGCGGCUGGCAGUAGCAAGAGCAAGGCCGCACUCGUGGAACUAGACCGCUGGUACCUGCAGCAGCUGGCGCCCUCCCUGGUGGCCCAGCUGCAACAGGCCCGCCACCAGGGCCAGGCGGCGCCCGGGGAGCAGCAGCAGCAGCAGCAGCAGCAGCCCGAGGAGCCGUCCGGCGGGCUGGGGGAAGCGAGCGAGGGUGGCAGCAGCAAGGUCAAGGGCAAGGCGGGCGGCAACAGCGGGCCAGAAGCAGCAGCAGCAGCAGUAGCGGCAGGCGGGGCGGCUGGUGGCAGCGACGGCACUGGGCCAGUGGCGGGCAUCUCCCGCGCCGAGCUGGUGCGACUGGUGGAGUGGAAGCUGGCCCGCGGCAAGUGGCGGCCGCGGCUGGCGGCCUUCGCGCUGGAGCAGCCUGACGGGGCAGUGGAAGCGGCCAGUGGUGCAGCCCUGACGCAGCUGGCGGCGUACGUGCGCUUGAUGCAGGCGAGCUCCGCCUCCCCCGCUACCUCCGCCUCCCCCUCUACCUCCGCGCCCGCCACCUCCACGGCUGCCGCCGCGGCACUGCGCGGCGCGCUGGAUGCACUGACGGCGCUCAAGGGCGUGGGCCCCGCCACCGCCUCCGCGCUGCUGUCCGCCGCGGCUCCCGGCGGCCUCCUGCCGUACAUGGGCGACGAGGCGCUGGCUGUAGCAGGCGGCGGCGGCGGGCGCAAGCCGGAAGACUACAGCGUCAAGGCCUACCUGCAACUGGUGGCGGCGCUGCAGGCCAAGGCGGAGGCGCUGAGGCCCCGCAGCAGCGGCAGCAGCAGUGGCGGCAGCGGAGGCGCGGGCGGUGGUGCCCUCACCGCCGGCAGCAGUGGCAGCGGGGGCGCCGGGACAGCGGUUCCCAGCAAAGAAGGCGAUGCGCUCUUCGGUCUUGCGCAUGGUGCGCUGGGGGCGGCGGAGCUGGAGCGCUGCCUGUGGGUGGCGGCCCUGCUGUCAGGUGGCGGCCGCGGCGGAGCAGCAGCGGGAGCAGCUGGGGGUGGCAGCGGCAGAGGGGCGGCUGCAGCAGGAUGGAAGGGUGGCUCGGGGGCAGGGGCGGGGGCGGCGGGGGCGGCUGCAUGGGGGCAACCGGCCAGCAAAAAAGCGAGACGCUGAUGCGGUGGCUGCGGGCGGCAGGAUGCAGUCCCCGUGCCGCACCAGAGCUCCGCACUCAGAAGAUGUGUUGACUUGGAUCUUGAUGGUUUGCUGGGCGCAACCUGUGAUAGGAUUCUUGCGGUUCUCCGAAGAUUUUAAGACCAUGAGCGGUGGAACUGCUUAAGGAUGCGGAUGUUACAGAGGGGACAGUCCCAGCUCCCGAAGACGC